CGAGCAGCGCACGGAGACGGUCCAAUCAUGUCCAGAGCGAGCGCUUCUCUGCGGCUUCUUCUGCUUAUCAGUGGCUGCUUAUUUGCAGCGAUUAAUGCUGAACAAACGGGGGAUACAACCGUACGUCCAGCUUUGUCGGAAUCCCAGGCUACGGUGCAAGCCAUCCAGCGGCACUACAAUCAUGUCCUCCACACCAGUGUCGGGCGCUAUUGGGAACUACUGCAGCAGUCGACGGACAAUAACACCGUGGAUAGGCAAUAUUUUGAGAACCUAGACACCGUGACGUGCGAUAAAUAUUACUACGCUAAAGCGUACUUUAUAUUCUAUGUCAUGCAUAACGAUCAGUUUGGUGAAAAUUCGAAGCCAGACAGAAUAGUAACUCUGAUAUGGCCAUCUGAGAAAUCGGCUAUACGAAAGUUCUUCAAGAAAGUUAACAGACUGCUUGGACAUUACUUAGAGCGCACCAAACAGAGUAAUCCCGAAUUGUUGGCUAAACUGACGAGCUGGCAAAAUCCAACUGCCCCAGACACAGACGAAGGAGCGAAGAGGAUUCUCGAAUCGUUUAUUGAAUUCCCUGAAUACCUGCGGAAACAAGUGCCGGAACUGCAGCUAAUGGACUAUACUGCCAAUUUACUUAAUGAGAAUACUCAAGAGUGUGUGUAGUAAACUUUCGAACUUAUAAACUAGGAUCUCUCUCUCUCUCUUACUGUUGUACAACAGUAUCGCGAUAUUAUGAUACUUUAACAAUUUGGAGCAACCGAAGUGCUUAACACAAUAGACCCCACUGUUUUCCAAGUGCUAUUCAAAUUCAACUAAAAUCCCGUUCAAUACAAUAUACUACGUUUUAAAAUAAAACUCAUUUAAAUGACCCGAUUUGUGCGAAA